AUGGAAAAUUGCUGCCAACAUGCUCUGCCCUGCCAUUUCACCUGCCUGUUUGUCCUUGCCCAGCUGCUUACCUGGGUGUCCACAAAGGAGUUCCUGGUGUUUGGUCCCUCAGAGCCCAUUGUGGCUGCUCCAGGUGGGGAAGCCAUACUUCCCUGCUCCCUGUUUCCAGUCAUGAGUGUGGAGAAUAUGGAGGAGUUGAGGUGGUUCCGCUCCAGAUUCUCAGAGGCAGUAUUUGUCUAUCGGAACCAACAAGAACAGAAGGAAGAGCAAAUGGCCAAGUAUUCAGGACGGACCUGGCUGGUGAAGGACCAAUUCCACCAAGGCAAGGCUGCUGUGCGCAUUGGAAAUGUCCAGGAGCCAGACAGUGGAAUAUAUGUCUGCUUCUUCAAACGUGGUCUCUUCUAUGAAGAGGCCAUCUUGGAACUGAAGGUGGCAGUGAUGGGCUCUGUCCCUGAAGUACACAUCAAAGGUCCAGAAGACGGUGGCUUGUGUGUGGUGUGCAUGACUUCAGGGUGGUACCCGAAGCCCCAGGUGCAGUGGAGAGACUCCAGAGGGGAGAGGCUCCCAGCAUCCUCUGAGAACCACACUGAGGAUGAUGAGGGGCUGUUCAGCAUGAAGACAACGUUGGUGGUGAGAGACAGCUCUUUGGGGAAUGUGACCUGUUCCACCUUCAAUCCCAUCUUGGGCCAGGAGAAGGCCAUGGGCAUGUUCAUCCCAGAGCCCUUCUUUCCUCAGGCUUCUCCCUGGAUACCAGCUUUUGCCGUGAGUGUGACCAUGAUGGGACUUCUGGUCUUAGGGUCAAUCUAUUUUCUCAGAAGAGAACAUUUAUCAAAGCUGCAGUUGCGGCAGGAAUGGAAGAAAAUGCGGCGUGAGCAGGAGUCAUUACAGAAGAAAAAGGAGGCUGAGCUGAAGACCACAAGCACACUCCAGGAAGAGCUUGAUCGGAGGAAGGCAGCUUACAGGGCUGCCUGGAGGAAGGCCCAGCUGUAUGCAGAUUGGCGCAAGGAACACUUCCAGGCCUGGUCUGUCACUCUGGAUCCAGACUCUGCCCACCCCAUCCUUGCCAUCUCUCAGGACAGGAUGAGCGUGACCUGGAAAGAUACCACUAUGUGCCUGGAUGGCCUCUUCUAUGUGUUGGGCACUGAAGGCAUCUCCUCCGGAAGAUGUUACUGGGAGGUGAAGAUAAAGAAUGGAGAUAGCAGCAGGUGGAUUCUGGGCGUCUGUAGGGAAGAUGUGGAGAGGGAAGGCCUGUACUUUGAGAGUCCAGAGAAGGGGUUUUGGACUGUGGGACGAACUAGUAGUGGCUACUGGGCCUAUAUAGACAAUGGGAGGGCUUCAUUGUCCCUUAGACAAGUUCCCGAGAGUGUGGGGGUGUUUGUGGACUACAGUGAAGGCGACAUUUCCUUCUACAACAUGAGUGACAUGUCCCACAUUUUCUCCUUCCAUGAAGCUUCCUUCUCUGGGACUCUUUUUCCAUACUUCAGGCUAAGGUCUGGAGAUGUUUCAAUGAUUCUCAGCUCUAUGGCACAUGUGUCUGAGAGGAGGGAGGGGAGAAGGAAGAGGGGAAAGAAGGGAAGGAGGGGGAAGAGGGAGAAGAGGGGGAAGAAGAGGAAGAAGUUAUUUUUGGUUCCUUUGCAGGAGUCUCUGAGUCCCCAGGGCAGGGGCUCAGCCCAGGCUCUAGAGUUGUUGACUCUCUCCCAGGGGAAGAAUCCCCAUUCCUCUCUCAUCUUGGUGACUUUUUGUUCCCAUAGUGCAGAUUCAGCCUCUAUGUUGUCAGUGUGAGUCCUUGUGGGUCUGUAGAAGCCACAGGCUAAGCUCCCAGGAUGAGUCCUGGAAUGACUUGGGGCCAUGACCCACUGCUCUCAGGUGUGACUGAGGCUAUGGUGGUGGGAACAGGGAGUCCAUGCUUUGUGUCCAGGCAGCAGAUGAUGAGCCCAGACUAUUGUUCCAGUUGGUUUGAACUAUGGGAAGGCAUGUUCCUUUUGGUGUUAAAUAGCAUUUUCUUGGGUUUCUUACCAUUUGGCAUGAAAUGGACCAAGGGCUGAAUGGACAUUGUUUUAAUUUGUUCAUCUGGCCAUGGGCUCCUAGGGUCUGCUCUAUGUGUUGGGUCUUGUGACCAGUGGCUACAGUGAAUAUGAUGGAGCAGAUGUCUCUGAUACCUGAAUUCCUGUCCUGUGGAUUUGUUCUUAGUAGUGGGAUUACUAGAUUAUAGAUAGUUCUUUCAGGGACCCUUCUCUGUGGGCAAUAACCUGUUCAUCAAGUCUCCAUGAACCAGCCUUAUCAUUUUAUCAGUCUGUCAAUGAUUUCUUGCAUAAAUUCUUUGAUUUCUGUAUGUUAGUCUCUUUCUCCUACACACACACACACACACACACACAUACACACACACACACACAAAUACACAAAUACACACAUAACUAUGACAAUUCAUAUUUUCUAAGGUUUGGUUUAAUAUAUUUUAACUGUUUAUUGUCUUUCUAUCUCUUUUAAGCUAUGUAUCUAUGUAUCUAUGUUUUCAAACAGAAUCUCUUGUAACCCAGGCUGGCUUGGAACUCUCUUUGUAGCCAAGUGUGGUGUUUUGAAUAAGAAUGUCCCCUAUAGUCCCAUAUGUUUGGAUACUUGGUCUGCGGUUGGUUGUAUGUUGGUAGGUUUGGGAUGUGUAGCCUUGAAGUGUGUCACUAGGGUGGGCUUUGAAGAUUCAAAACCAUGCAUCAUUCCCAGCUUGCCUCCUCUGCUUUCUGCAUGUGGUUCAGACAUAAGAUCCCAGUCACUGCUCCAACCUCUGUCUUCUGCCCUGUCAUCACGGACUCUUGUCCCUCUGGAACGAUGCUGACAGAACAAGAUGGUGCAGAGGUUCCUCCAUCUGUCCUUCUUGCUGAGGACAUUUCAAAUUUAGCUGGAAUUGAUCUCCUUGAUGGAGAAUCCCAUGGAAAAUAACCCGACUGUAUAAUAGGAACCUGAGGUCAAGAUGCCCCAGCUAGCUUACCUUAGCUUCUGUUAAGCUACAUUUUUGUGUGAAGUGCCCCCUGCAGCUGCUGAGUGAGAUGCCAGGAUGUGUUUUUCAAAUUCAAAAGCACCACACUCUGGACACUUGGGGCUUCAUCUGGGUCCCUGUGGACCUGGGUGUAGUCCCAUCUGGGUCCCUGAGUGCUUGGUGUAGUCCCAGCCAGCUGGGAUGGAGACUUUCAGUUGGGUGUGAAGUGUCUGAGUGGUCCUCUCUGGUGGGCUCCCAUUACACACUAUUCCCAAAUAUACUCUUCCUUCUAUACGUUGCUUGGUCAUGGCAUUUUAGCACAGCAAUAGAGAAAUAAUGGGUCUAGAAGUUGUGCUAGAAUUGUGGGUCUGUUUGCCUUACAAAUUAAACGACAGUUUGUGUUGGCUAUUCAUUUAUGUCAACUUGACAUAGGCUGGAGUCAUUUUGGAAGAGGGAUGCAGUGUUAAUUGGGAAAAGACUCCAUCAGUUUGGUCUGUGCACAAGUCCUUGGGUCAUUUCCUUAAUUAGUGAUUGAUGGGGGACGGCCCAGCCUACUGUGGGUGGUGCCCUCCCUGCAGUGCUGGUCAGGGUGGCUGUAAGAAAGCAAGCUGAGCAAGCCAUGGGGGAAAGCCUGGGAGCCCUCUCUGCCAUGGCCUAGGCCUCAGCUUCUGCCUCCAGAUUCCUGUCUUGUUUGAGUUUCUGCCCUGACCUCCUUUGAUGAUGGAAAUGCAAUUGAAAUAAACUCUUCUCCCAUGUUCUUUAUAGUCAUGGUGUUUUAUCACAGCACA